AUGGCCGCGCCGCCGGGCUCGGCGGGGCUCUGGGCGCUGCUGCUACCGCCGCUCCUCGCCCUCAGCGCGGCGCAGCCGGGCCCCGCCGCCUCCCGCGGGACGGGGCUCAGCCUCCACCCGCCCUACUUCAACCUGGCGGCGGCCGCCCGCAUCUGGGCCACGGCCACCUGCGGGGAGGCGGCGGGCGGCGGCGGGCGGCCGCAGCUCUUCUGCAAGCUGGUGGGGGGCCCGGCCGCAGCCCCGCUGGGACGCGCCAUCCAGGGCCAGUUCUGUGAUUACUGCAAUGCUGCUGAUCCCAGCAAAGCUCACCCGAUAACCAAUGCCAUUGAUGGCACUGAGAGCUGGUGGCAAAGUCCCCCUCUUUCCGUGGGCUUGAAGUACAACGAAGUCAAUGUCACCCUAGAUCUGGGGCAGCUCUUCCAUGUUGCCUAUAUCCUUAUCAAGUUUGCAAAUUCUCCUCGUCCAGAUCUCUGGGUCUUGGAAAGAUCGGUGGACUUUGGAAAAACUUACACUCCAUGGCAAUAUUUUGCUUACUCAAAAGCAGAUUGCUUGGAGCGCUUUGGAAAGGAAGCAAAUAUUCCUGUGAGGAGGGACAGCGAUGUCCUGUGCACUACCGAGUACUCUCGCAUUCUGCCUCUAGAAAAUGGAGAGAUUGUAGUAUCUUUGGUAAAUGGCCGCCCAGGAGCAAAAAACUUCACUUAUUCCCCUGGUCUUCAAGAAUUCACAAAAGCAACAAACAUCCGCCUGCGCUUUCUCAGAACUAAUACUCUUCUUGGACACUUGAUAUCCAAAGCUCAGCGAGACCCCACUGUGACUCGUAGAUAUUACUACAGUAUAAAGGACAUCAGUAUUGGUGGUCGGUGUGUUUGCCAUGGCCAUGCUGAAGUAUGUAAUCCAAAGAGCGCUGAAAACCAAUACCAGUUUCAGUGUGAAUGUCAGCAUAACACUUGUGGGGAAACCUGUGACCACUGCUGCCCUGGAUAUAAUCAGAAGCAGUGGCAACCUGCAACAGCUGGGAGCACAAACAUAUGUGAACCCUGCAAUUGCCAUGGACAUGCCACUGAUUGCUACUAUGAUGCUGAUGUUGAUCAGCGUCGAGAAAGCUUAAACAUCCAUGGGCAUUAUGAAGGUGGAGGAGUCUGCAUUAACUGCCAGCAUAACACGGCUGGGAUUAACUGUGAGAAGUGUGCAAAAGGUUACUAUCGUCCUUACGGUGUUCCAGUGAGAGCUCCCGAUGGUUGCAUACCCUGCAGUUGCAACUUGGAGCACUCAGAUGGCUGUGAGGAAGGGUCUGGCCGCUGCUUCUGUAAGCAUAAUUUCCAGGGAGACCACUGUGAACGCUGUGCUGAUGGAUUCUAUGGUUAUCCAUUUUGUGUCUAUACUCCUGUAUAUCCUUCUACUUCUUCAGUUCCCAGAGAUGAUGUGGCUGGUGACAUAAUAGAGGGAGGCUGCAGACCAGGGUAUUUUGGCCCUCAGUGUCUGUCGUGCCAGUGCCACGGUGCAGGAGUGCUGGGCAGUGACUGCGAUGGAAGUACUGGGCAGUGCAGAUGUCGAACUGGAUUUGGGGGUUUUUCCUGUGAUACCUGUGCACCUGGCUAUUUUCAGUACCCCUUCUGUCAUGUGUGUGAAUGUAACUUGUUGGGUACCCAGCCUGAAGUCUGUGAUUUCUUUGGGAGGUGUCUUUGUCGCUCAGGGGUCAGUGGACUUCAGUGUGACAGCUGCCAGCCUGGCCACCACUCGUUCCCUGCCUGUCAAGAAUGCAGCUGUGAUGUUGUUGGCUCAUUGGGGAAUACAUGUGGUCCUGGAGGGCAGUGUCUGUGCCGUAGUAACUAUGCUGGGCUGAGAUGUGACCAGUGUGCUCCAGGAUAUUACAGCUAUCCCAACUGCUUGCGUGUCAACAGCGAGUGUGACCCUGCAGGUAGCGUUGGUUCUCACUCUGGAUAUUGUCAAUGUCUCCAGCACGUUGAGGGUCCUACCUGCAGUAAGUGCAAACCCUUGUACUGGAACCUGGCCAAAGACAACCCCGAGGGAUGUACAGCAUGCCAGUGUGAUGUGAGUGGAACGCUAAGUGGAGUUGGAGAAUGUCAGCAGGAAAAUGGGCACUGCUACUGCAAAUCUAAUGUUUGUGGUGAUUCCUGUGACACUUGUGAAGCUGGCUAUUAUGCUCUUGAAAAAAAGAAUUAUUUUGGCUGCCAAGGCUGUGGGUGCGACGUUGGAGGAUCCCUCAGCCCAGCCUGUUCCCAGCCCUGGGGCAGCUGCCAGUGCAGGGCACACGUCGUGGGCACGACCUGUCGGGAGCCUGAAAAAAACUAUUUUUUCCCUGAUCUGCACCACAUGAAGUUUGAGAUUGAAGAUGGUACUACUGUCCAAGGAGGGAAAGUUCGGUUUGGCUAUGAUCCUCAGGAAUUUCCUAGCUUCAGUUGGAGAGGAUAUGCACAGAUGUCCUCUAUACAAAAUGAAGUGAGGAUAACUUUGAAUGUGGAAAAAUCAAACCUCUACUUAUUUCGCAUUAUCCUGAGAUAUAUUAACCCUGGAGGUGAAACAUUGUCUGGUCACAUAUCUGCUUGUCAGUCUCAGCCUGAAGCAGGGGCUGCUCAGGGCAAAGAGUUUGUCUUCCCGCCCAGCAAGGAGCCAGCUUUUAUCACAAUCCCAGGAAAAAGCUCCACAGAGCCUUUCUCACUGGCUCCAGGCACGUGGACUGUCAGUAUAAUGGCAGAGGAAGUUCUCUUGGAUUACCUGGUGCUGUUACCUAGUGAUUACUACGAGGCAUCCCUGUUGCAGAUCCGAGUUACAGAGCCUUGCACACAUCCCAGGCCUGCUUCAGCAGAACACUGCUUGCUCUAUCAGCAUGUGCCUCUGGGCAGAUUUUCCUGUGUCCUUGGUUCAGAAGCAGUGCAUUUCAGACACGGGGGAGAAUCCAGAAGAAUACCUGUGCGACAGCCAGCUCCCAAUCAGCCAGUGAUGGCCCAUAUCAGUGGAAGAGAGGUCAAUUUAGAGAUGACCAUAAAUGUUCCUCAAGUCGGUCGCUAUGUUCUGGUUUUUGAAUAUGCCAACGAAGAUGAUCAGAUGUACACUGCAGAGCUAACAGUACAUAGCCCUGGACCUGUCACUGAAGGCAGAGUGAGAAUAUACAGUUGUAAAUACAGUUUCCUUUGUCGCAGUGUCGUAGUUGAUGACAGGAAUCGCAUUGCAGCCUAUGACCUUCUAGCAGACACAAAGAUACAUCUUAAAGCAUCAUCAAGUCGUUUUCUUCUGCACAAGGUUUGCAUUAUAUCAACUGAAGAAUUUUCUCCAGAAUACGUGGAUCCUAAAGUACAGUGCAUAGCUGCUUACAGGAGUAACAGUGAUGGAAGUGCAGCAUGCAUUCCCUCAGUUUUUGAAACUCCAUCAGGAGCUUUGGUUUUGGAUGCAUUCAAAGAUGGGAAGAUUUCUGAAGUACAGGAGAAUAUACUGCAUGAUCCAUGGAGUGCUGCUUUACCUGCUGGUUCAGUUCAUGGAGUCACCUUGACACCGUUACAGAAUCAGAUCACGUUGAGUGGCAGAGUGCCCCACUUGGGCAGAUACGUAUUUGUGGUACAUUUUUAUCAGCCGGCACACCCAGUGUUCUCUGUGCAAGUCUAUGUGAAUGCAGGACAUGUGUGGUCAGGUACUUUCAAUGCUUCAUUCUGCCCUCAUACUUCUGGCUGUCGGGUUCAGGUGAUUGCAGCAAACCAAAUUGAGCUUGAUGUUUCUGAACCCGUGGUCGCUGUUACAGUGAUGAUACCGCAUGGAAGAACACUGGUUCUGGAAAAUAUCUUAGUUGUUCCAGCAGACAUCUACAGUUACAAAAUUCUUGACAAAAAGGCAGUGGACAAAUCAUUUGAUUUUAUCAGCCAAUGUGGAGGAAACAGUUUUUAUAUUGACCCAGAACGAUCAUCAGCCUUCUGUAAGGACUCUGUCAGGUCACUGGUGGCUUUCUACAACAAGGGAGCCCUGCCAUGUGAUUGCCACAGCGCAGGGGCCAGGAGCCCUACGUGCAGCCCCCUGGGAGGGCAGUGCGUUUGCAGACCCAACGUCAUCGGUCGCCAGUGCAGCCGGUGCCAGACCGGCUACUAUGGAUUCCCAUUUUGCAAGUUAUGCAACUGCGGGCAGCGUCUUUGUGAUGACAUGACUGGUAAAUGCAUUUGCCCUCCACGAACUGUGAAGCCAAAAUGUGAAGUGUGUGAGAAAUAUUACUUCAGUUAUCAUCCUCUUGCUGGCUGCAAAAGCUGCAACUGCUCAGAAAAAGGAAUUGUUGAUGUGGCAAGCCCAGAAUGUGAUAAAACCAGUGGACAAUGCAAAUGCAAACCAGGAGUAAACGGACGUCAGUGUGAUCAGUGUGCUCCUGGAACUUAUGGUUUCCCUAACUGUGUGCCAUGUAGCUGUAACAGAGAUGGAACAGAACCAGAUGUUUGUGAUCCCCAGACAGGAAUUUGUCUUUGCAAGGAAAAUGUGGAAGGUGCAGCAUGUGACACUUGCAGACCAGGAUUCUUUUAUCUGAACCCCUCUAACCCCAGGGGAUGCACACCUUGCUUUUGUUUUGGGGCAACCAGCGACUGUCGCAGCACGGAUCGUCGUAGAACCAAGUUUGUGGAUAUGAGGAACUGGCGCUUGGAGGCAGUAGAUGAAAAUAUGGACAUUCCAGUCACUUUCAAUCCAGUCAGUAACAGUGUGGUGGCUGAUGUUCAAGAAUUGCCAGCUUCUGUGCAUAAUUUGUACUGGAAAGCACCAGCAUCCUACCUGGGAGAGAAGCUUUCUUCAUAUGGUGGUUUCCUAAGUUACCAAGUGAAAUCUUUUGGCUUACCUAGCGAGGGCAUGGUUCUUCUGGAUAAGAAGCCUGAUAUACGACUAACAGGCCAACAAAUGGAAGUUGUUUAUAUGGAUCCCAACAACCCACUGCCUGAUCGUCAGUAUUAUGGCCGAGUGCAGCUGGUUGAGGGCAACUUGAGACACGCCAGCAGCGGUAAGCUGGUAUCCCGAGAAGAACUGAUGAUAAUCCUGUCCAGGCUGGAUGGCCUGCACAUCCGCGCCCUUUACUUCACGGAGACUCAGCGCCUGACGCUUGCGGAGGUCGGGCUGGAGGAAGCCACCGGCGAGGGCAGCGGCAGCAUCGCGCACAGCGUGGAGACGUGCGCCUGCCCGCCGCAGUACACCGGUGACUCGUGCCAGGAGUGUGGCAUUGGAUUUUAUCGUGAGAAUAAAGGACUAUUUGCUGGACGCUGUGUGCCCUGCAACUGCAAUGGAAAUUCAAAUAGAUGUCAAGAUGGUACUGGAAAAUGUAUUGACUGUCAGUAUAAUACUGCUGGGGAGAAAUGUGAGCACUGUAAAGAUGGUUAUUUUGGAGAUGCCACUCAAGGUUCCUGCCGGGAAUGCCCUUGCCCAUAUACAAACAGGUUUGCAACUGGCUGUGUGGCAAAUGGUGAAGAAAUCCAGUGUCUCUGCAAAAAAGGCUACACUGGAGCUCGCUGUGAACGCUGUGCUCCUGGAUAUUUUGGAAAUCCACAAAACUAUGGAGGCUUCUGUCAGGAAUGUAACUGUAAUAAUAAUGGACAGCUGGCUAGCUGUGACCACCUGACUGGAGAAUGUUUCAAUAAUGAGCCAAAAGAUGUGGAUCCCAAUGAAGAUUGUGACUCCUGUGAUAGCUGUGUGAUUACACUGCUGAAGGAUUUGAGCACAAUAGGUGACGAGCUUCAGCUCAUCAAGUCUCAGCUGCAAAAUGUCCAUGCAAGUACCCACACUCUGGAGCAGAUGAGAGACCUGGAAACACGCAUCAAGGACUUAAAGGUCUUACUGAGCAACUACCGUUCUGUUGUUCAUAAUCAAGGUUCAAAGGCAGAUGAGUUGGAGACAGAAUUCAUUAAACUAGAUCGCGAUUUAAAUGCUCUCCAGGAAAAGGCUGAAAUGAACUACAAAGAAGCUGAGAGAUUAUAUAACAAUUUUGGUCAAACUCAUCAGAAAGGAAAGGAUUUAGUUUCACAAAUACAAAUCGUGGUCAAAAAUAUACAAGCACUCUUGGAACAGAUAGCAGGUACAAAUGCAGAGGGUAACAACCUGCCCCUGGGAGAUGCCUCUGAAGAACUGGCCGAAGCUCAGCGCAUGAUGACAGAGAUGCGGAACCGCAACUUCGGCCAGCUUCAAGCUGAGGCAGAGAAGGAGCAAAGAGAAGCUCAGCAGUUGCUGGCACGUGUUAAGAAUGAACUACAAAAGUACCAGCAAGAAAAUCGUGGGCUUAUUAAAGUUGUGAGGGAUGCACUGAAUGAAUAUGAAUCCAAAAUCACUGACCUCCGUGAAGCUCUGAAUGAUGCAGCAGGACAAAUCAAGCAGGCUGAAGGCUUAAACAGAGACAACACAGUUCUGUUAGAAGACAUUAAGAAACGGAUUGCAAACGCAAACGUGCAACAGAAUGGUGUCUUGAAUAUUCUGAGCUCGGCCCGAUCUUCCCUGACACAAGCUAAGAGUGCACUUGGAUUGUUGCAAGAGAGCAAAGAGGAAUAUGAAAGCCUGGCUGCUCAGCUGGAUGGAGCAAGGAAGGAUAUGAAUGAAAAAGUGGCAAAUCUCUCAUCAGCAAGCAAAGAACCACUGGUGGUGAGGGCCGAAGAACACGCCAAAUCUUUGCAAGAUUUGGCAAAACAACUGGAAGAAAUAAAGAACAGUGCCAGGAAGGAUGAGUUGGUGGGCUGUGCUGUGGAAGCUUCUACUGCCUAUGACAAUAUUAUUAGUGCCAUCAAAGCAGCAGAGGAGGCAGCCAACCAAGCUGGGAAAGCAGCUGACUCAGCUUUAUCUACUGUGAAGAGAGAAGACCUAUCAGGAAAAGCUGCAAGGUUAAAAACUGAGAGCAGUACACUCAUGGAUCAAGCACAGGAGACUAAAAGGACAUUGCAAGCUAUUGGUUCAAACCUCGAUGACCUAAAGCAAAGACUUGAUGUCGCUGAUGGAAAGACAGAUGCACUGAAAAUUGAUCUUGUCACUGCUCAAAACAAUCUCAAUGGGAUAAACAGAGGUGACAUUGACAGUAUCAUCACCAGUGCAAGGAACAUGGCAGAAAAUGCCAACUCUGUCACCAACAGUGUGUUGGGUGAACUGGUCCCAAUUGAAGCCGAAGUGGAAAGAAUUAAGAGUAACUAUGGAAGCACACAGAGUGCCGGCUUCAAUAAAGCAUUGAUGGAGGCAAACAAUUCAGUAAAAAAUUUGACAAACCAACUUCCAGAUCUGUUCAGCAAGAUCAAGAGUAUCAACCAGCAGCUGAUGCCAAUAAGCAACAUCUCUGAGAACAUAGAUCGCAUAAGAGAGCUGAUUCAGCAGGCAAGAGAUGCUGCAAAUAAGGUUGCUAUUCCUAUGAGGUUCAAUGGCAGCUCUGGUGUAGAGGUUCGACCUCCAAGCAACCUUGAAGAUCUAAAGGGCUAUACUUCACUUUCCUUAUUUAUCCAAAGACCUCGGCAAACAUCAGAAACUCACCAGAGGGCAAAUAGGUUUGUCCUGUACCUGGGUAAUAAAGAUGCUUCCAAGGACUACAUUGGUAUGGCUGUGAAAGAUGGUUACCUUACUUGUGUCUAUAACCUGGGAGGUGGUGAUGGGGAAGUGAGAGUGCAGUCAUUGGUGACUCAAAGCAACACUGAGGAAUCUGUUAUGGAUCAAAUUACAUUUGAAAGGAUUUACCAGUAUGCAAAGCUGAAGUACAUCAAAGCAGCAACAUCAAUUUCUCCAGAUUAUGAAAGCCCUAGGAGUACAAGCAGCGGAGACAGUGACAUGCUCCUCAAUCUUGAUCCCAGCAGUGUCGUCUUUUAUGUUGGAGGAUACCCACCAGAUUUUAGGCCUCCACGAAAUCUCAACUAUCCUCGUUAUGAAGGCUGCAUUGAAUUAAACAGCCUAAAUGAGCAUAUUAUCAGCCUUUACAACUUCAAGAGGACUUUUAAUCUCAACACCACUGAAGUGCAACCCUGCAGAAGGUAUAAAGAGGAGACUGAUCAAAGCUAUUUUGAGGGCACUGGUUAUGCCAGUGUCACAGCAAGAGAAAGAAGUGCCGAACGAGUACGAUAUGAGCAGACAAUUGAGACAACUGCAGAUGAAGGCAUCGUGUUUUUUGCAGCAAAUGGGGAUCAGUUCAUCAGUGUGCUCAUUAAAAAUGGUCAUACAGUUUUUAGAUACAAACUUAACUCUGAACCUCCAAAAGAAAUAGAAGCCAAAGAAACUGUAAAUGAUGGAACAUACCAACAAAUUAAUUUGGUGCUUGACCGAAGAAAGAAAGUUGUGUAUGUCAGUCCUGCUAUUAGAGCCAACAUACACGUCUUCAAUUUCACUGAGUACUACCUAGGUGGAGUUCCAUCUUUUCUACGGGAACGCUUUAAUAUAUCCACACCUCCAUUCCGGGGCUGCAUGAAGAAUGUGAAAAACCCAAGCACUGCAUCUGUUGUUUUUGAUAAGACUUUUGGUGUCAGCAAGAAAUGUCUAGAUGACUGGAAGCUUGUGAGAUCUGCAGCUUUCUCCAAGGACGGAACACUGAGCCUGAGUGCAGCAGAUUUCCCAUUUCCCAAGGAUUUCCAAGUUGGCUUUGGCUUUCAGACCACAGCUUCAACCGGAACACUCCUAAAUUACAAUAUAAGGCCUGAUGUUCUUUCCAUCUUUCUGAGUCCUGGCUCUGUAACUGCAAAGAUACGAGAUAAGGAAAUUAAACUGGAAAAGAAAUAUGAAGAUGGGUCAAUGCAUUAUGUGACAGUAAUAAAAGCAGACAACAGAGUACAUCUGAUGGUUGAUGAUGAGUCAAAAGCAGUUGACUCUCCCAGUUCAUCAAACUCACAGGAAUCAAACAGACCUAUAAAACUUGGUGGAGAUAAUUUUGAAGGUUGCAUUUCAAACGUCUUUAUUAAAAGGGCAGGUCAGCUCCCUGAGGUUCAAAAUCUUGUUGCUAAUACUGGCAAGACUGGUGUAUCCCUCGGAGCUUGCCAGGAAUACAAAAACCUUGAACCAAUGAUGCUGCAGGAAUUUAAAAAUCCUCUCAGGCUUAAGAUGCUCAAGAAUGAAAAAUACCUUGAUUAUCUGAAAGCUGCUAAGGUGGAAAACCACACUAUAGCAGCCCCCUUACAUGACAGCAGUGAAGCAUAUCUUCUUGGAAGCAUCCCCAACAGUUUCAUAUCGUACAUGUUUUCUCCGUUGUUACCUACAGACAGGUUACAUUUUUCUGUAGAUGUACGGACUCGAUCAUCAAGAGGAUUAAUAGUUUUCAUGGAGGAAAGCUCUGAGGACUCUUAUAUGGCUCUCCACAUUUCAAAAGGACAUUUUGUCUUUUCACUUGGCUCUGCAGAAAAACAAAUCAAAGUCAAAACCAGUAAUAAAUACAAUGAUGGGCAAUGGCACACUGUGGUCUUCAGCACAGAUGGGAAGAAUGCCCGCCUUGUCGUUGAUGGUCUAAGGGCCCAGCACAGAAAAUUGGGAACAAAUUCUGCCAUCAGCAUUAAGCCACCAGUCUAUGUGGGAGGGCUGCCACCACUGAAGAAACAGAAUAUACCAAUGAAGAGUUUCAAGGGUUGCCUGAGGAAUUUUAAGGUGAAUGGAAAAGUCAUGAAUGCACCUCAACAAAAAAAUGGCGUACUUCCGUGUCUGGAUGUUCCCAUGGACACAGGGAUUUACUUCUUUAAUGAAGGAGGAUAUAUCACCAUUGGUAAUUUGCUGAUGGGAUUGGAUUUCAGGAUUGUAUUUACCAUUCGACCAAAGAGUUCAACAGGUGUACUCCUCCAUGCUGGAAGCAAGCAAGACAACUAUUUGACUAUUUACAUGAAGGGAGGAAAGGUCAUUGCUGCUGGAAAUAGUGGUGCUGGAGAAUUCCAGGCAUCAGUCACACCUAGGAAACCUCUGACUGAUGGACAGUGGCAUACCAUUGCAGUGUCUCAGAAGGAGAACACAGUGCAGCUAGAAGUGGGCACACAGAGUAACUAUACCAUUGAACUUCAACCCUCUCCUCUUAGACAUGUGUAUCAGCCACUCUACUUUGGCAAAAUUCCAGCAAAUUUGGACACCCCAUGGGUUCCAGUAGAAGACCCAUUUUUUGGCUGUCUUUGGAAUAUUACCAUCAAUGACAAACAUAUCUCCACCAGGAGAAUUUCAGAGGUUCAUGGUGGAGUGAAUUUGCACGGGUGCCCAGGGAAGUAACUCUGCUGUUACAGUCAUUGUGCACACAUCGGGCUGUGUCUGUGGAAGAGCUGUGUGGAUUCCCCUUUGCUGAUCAGCAUCAGGCUGCUUGUUCUGAACAGCCGGUGAGCAAAUGCAUCCUCUGGAUGUGGACUGUGCCAAAGCAAACGAAAAGUAUUUGCUUUGACAAACUCCUUUUUAAAUGUUAUUGAUUUCCGAGGUAAUCCAUUGUGCCUUCUGAGAUGUGUGCAGAAAAUAAUAAUUGCAUAUGCCCUACUGGGCCAAAUUCUGCUCUCACCCACAACAGCAGAGACUUGAGCAGCUCUUAAUUUUAGAAAUUUUCCUUGGUGUUGGCCACCUUGAGAGCAAAUUUGAUCCAUUAAUAUAAAGAAUUUUAUAAAAAUAUGAAUCUCUUCGGAUUGUUGCUUAUACAGAAAUGUACAUUGAUGUUAAAAGUAAUAAUAAUAAUAUAAAUGGAGUUUGAAGCACUUUAAGGAGUGAAACUCUGGGAGUUUGUUACAAAGUUAGGAAUUGUGGGACCAAAUAAAUGCAGUAUGUUCCUAAAACCUUUCAUUUUCUUGUUUGGUUGUUUUAACCUGGUGGGUUUUUAAUGUACUUUUUAGAAGCUGCUAAAUCCUGCUUGCAUUGUGCAAAUAUUUCUGCAGGUUUAAGAUUCAGGAAAAUUCCUGAACAAGCAGGUGUCCAUCAUCUCUGCAUCUCUGCUUAUCACAAUUUGGUUAUCUAAAAAUCUCAAAAGGAGGGUUGUUUUUUUGCAACCUUCAGAACCAAAGAGUCACUUUCAUAGGCAAUUUUUUUCCUAAUGAAAUGAAGGAAAGUUUUAUCAAGAAUAGCAGCUGCAUCUGCUACAAUUAUGUAGCACAAAUUACAGGACUAACCCAGCAAAACUGUUUCCUUCAACAUUCAAAUCUUUGUUUGGUACCUGAUUGUGACCCAUAGUAGAGGUCAAGGAACCCAGUUUCCUUUAUUCUUCCGAGUAGAGGGGCUGGACUGUACAGACUUGACAUGGCUUCUUUUUUCCACUGGCAUCCAGAUUCAGCAUUUUGAUAAUGGUUUUUUUUUUUUAUCCCCAGUGCCCUGAUGCCAACCCUCUUUUCCAAAAUGAAAAAGUGAAAAAAAUGAAAAAAUUUUCUAAGGCUGGUCCUUGAUGCAGGGAGGCAUGCUGACAAAUUCUCCUUCACUCCCCGUGCUCCUACUUUACACUGCUGCCUUCUCAAUGUACAGCAAUAUGUCCUCAGUGUGAGGUCCUCAGAAAUGAGGUGCAAGCUGUACUAAUAGAAGCAGGUGCCAGAUCAGUAGCCCUUAUAGCUUUGGUCAUUAAUCCCUUGUCAAAUUUUUGCAGCUUUGCAGGUCCUUUGCAGCUUUGUGGGGUGAAAAAAGUGUCAGAAAGCUGUUCACACCAAAUCUUAUGUUGCUUUCUUUUUAAUGGCAACUCUUGCACUGGCAUAUCUGUGUCCAUAUGGAGGUUCCUGAAGCAUAAAGCCAGUUUUGGUGGGGAUGGGAUGCAUGCUGCUGUUGAGGGCUCAGAGGGAGCAAAGGAUUGAGAUGUAAUGGCAGAGCCCUCUCUCUGGAGAUGCCCGCAGAAACAUAUUCUCCUGUACAGCAACCUGUACCACCAUAUGGGACAGAACACCCAUCAGGCUGGAGGUCAUGGGUUCAGAAAUCAUAUCCUGUGAUAGCAACAACUGAAUCCUUUCUACUUAUAAAAGCUCAAAUACUGCUCAAAUACUCAGUUGACCAAAACUGUGAAAAUACUCAAUUCAUUUACUGGCCUGAUUGACACUAAAAGUUUCCAGAAGGAGAAAGGAGGAACAAUUAAAUUUUAUCAUGCAAUUUUCUAGUACCAUUCCCUAUCUCAUGUUCAUCAGUUGGCUCUGUGAGGCAGAUUUUCCCAAACCACAAAAAAAAGCCUUUUCAUUCUUCUCUUAGCCCUCCUCAUUAAAACAAAACAAAACAAAAAAAAAAGGCAAAGAUUUUUUUCAUCACAACCUGGAGCCAGUCCUGGAUUUCAAUUCCCUUCCAUUUGAAUUGAUUUGAUCAGAAGUAGUUUUAAUGCUGACAAAAUCAAAUUAAAAAUGUAUAAAGAUUUGAGUAAAUGUAAGAUAUAUCUAUCAGUAAGUAUUAAUUCCUAUACAAUACUACUUUUGCAUAACAAAAAAAUAGGAAAAUCUCUUUGGUUUUAAGGUUCUUCAUGUUUGUUUGGGUUUUUUUACUCACAGUGUUUUUCUGUUGUAUUGCUUCCACAGAGUCAGGCUGUCAUACAUUGUUGGGACAAUGAAUAAAAGCUAACUAGAGUUUCAGGUUCUGUACUUUCACAUAGGUAAAUCUAUUUAACUAUAUUAGACUGAGGAGCACUUAGUAAAAAGCUUUUUCACAGAAUAUUUUGAGUUGGAAGGAAUCCUCAAGGAUCAUCAAGUCCAGUGGAUGAUCUUUACACGAGGGAAGAAGUUGUCCUGUUUCAAUCAAUGAAGAAUUUUUAUGAUUGAAGAAAUCCAUGUGGACACUGUUAAGGGUUUUUUAAUUGCCAGAAGUAGUAGUUCCAAGACUUUCAUCAUCAGUGUUGCCAUUUGACAAUAACUUGCAUGAAUUAUUUACAUGUUUUGGCUGUAGCAUUUCAGGUGUGCUCCCAAAACUAGCAAUUCCCAUAUUAGAAUGAACAGGAGAAGCUUUCCCUGUAACAUUUUAUUCUAUAGUUACUUUACUAAUCAAAUACCAUGUUCAGUACACUGGAUGGCUAAAAAUGCACACUCUUUAACAGCAUGUUAGAGUUCUUCUGAACCCCAAAUCAAUUGCAGAAGGAGAACAGAUUUCCACUCUAAACUAAACCAGAUUGGUAUUGCAGGAAUCAAAUCUCACUCUUGUCCAUAUAAGUAUCAAGGGCAAAGGGUUCUCAUCCACUUAAUUUGCAUUAGAUUUAAUAGGAUCAUGUUAUCUGAGGUGGAUGACACCAAGGUCUGUGAGUUUCCAUUUAUUAUAACUACAAACCAUAGCCAGAUUAUUGGCAGCUGAAAGACAGAAAGCCUAACACUAAGAACUUAGAGCAAAUAAAAUGAAAUAGAUCACAGGGCACUGUAGAAGGAAAUACACAUUCAUUGUAGAAAGAAAAAAGUGUAUAUAUAUAAAAAAGGAAAACAUACUGCCUUUUCACUGCUUAUUAAUGACUGUAACUUAAAUUUAUAAUAACAAAAGUUUCCAAUUAAAACUUGAAACAUUCUUUCUGUACCUGAGCUAAGGGUUUGUGCUUUUAUUACUGUGGAGCUUUCAUUUAAAAUACAAAGCCACUGACCUUUUUCAUUGUCACCACCAACAUGAAUUGGGCAAGCUAACUUUCUGUGGUUUUGUAACCUCUCCUUUGAGUCACCUGUGAGACAAUUAAUUUUAGCUUUCCAUCCUCUUUGCUUCUUUUUAAGUCCUCCAUGAGUAUUUUCCUUAUAUGCUAUUUUUUAUUAUUUGGGAUAUUUUUUCCCUUCUUCCUUUCUGCCCUUCAUAAAAUAGCCUUGAAAAUGCAGUCUUAGUGAAAACACUGUAAUUGUGUUAUGGUUUUGUAAUGGACUCUUGCCAUGCUUUUUGCCUCUUACCAUUACUCUUUGUGGUUUCCUCAUUUAAAAAAACCAAAAACCUCCUGCAUCUUUCCCUAAUGAUGUAAGGAAAUUUAGGAUACAACCUUCUGUAAAUCUGUCUGCAUUUUCUAAAAAUACAUUAAAUGGACCUUGCGAAAGGGAUGUUAAAGGGGAUGGUGCCAUAAUACAAUAUUAUAGCUUCACUGGAGGCAUUAAGGCUGCGAGGCAGAAACAUAAACAUCCUUUGUGCAGCUGGCCCAGACAUCUUAAAAUUGUCAGAGGCUGGUCAUUGCCUGAGCUGCAAUGAAGCACCCUCUGAGUUAAAGAAUUGCAGGCAAAAUAACCAAUGAGUUUUUAUGUUCUGUCAGUUUAGGGGAUCUUCUCUAGCAAUGAAACCAAACUAUGACCUGUUGCUCAUAUUGUACCAUGUCUCCUGCUUUGCAGCUGAGAGCAUAAGAUGUUUUUAAAAACACAGCUAUCGUUACUUAACACCUCAGCCAUUUACUGUGUUUCCUAUGGGUUGUUCAAAAUGUGAAGCACAUGUGAAAUAUUCCAUGAGAAAUAGUUUCUUUGUUAAGGUGUCACUCACUUGUUGAGAAAGAUGGAACACUGCUGCAUUAUCACACAGAAUAAAAAGAAAGAUAGUUGGCAU